UUGACAGCGUCAUUUCUUCACCUGACGCAUAAUAAAAGAAAACGGUUCUAAACGCGUUCAUUGUGACGUCUUUCCGCUGUUGUAGCAGAAGUUUGUUGACCUCUGUAAGGAAUUAUGUUCUUAAUUCGCACAGUUCAGUUACUGAUGUUGUGUUUACUUGAAUGUGACGUGGUCGUGACAGUUUUACGUGAAGACACGUGGGAUUUCCUUCGCUCAGAGGACGUGGAUUUGUUGCAUCACUUCUCCCAGAGGGUGAACGUGUCCGUGUCGAUGGACGGUCUGCGGUGUCCGACUCUCCACGUGGGCCGUUACGGUAGUGUGACGGUGUCCACAGAACAGGUGUUUGGACAAAGGUUUUCAGAAGAGUUCAGCCUGCUGAUGGAGCUCCGCAGCUCUCAGAUGGAGGAGAGCAGCGUAGUUUCCCUGUUAAACUCCCAGCAUCACGUGCACCUGCAGCUCCGCCUCGGCCUGUUCUCGCUCACCUUCAUCUCCACACAGCACAGAGAAUAUGAGUUCACCGUGGGGUUUCUGCGGGACGGUCGGUGGCACCGGGUGUCACUGAGUGUCUCCCCUCUUUGGCUGGAGGUGUAUGUGGACUGUUCUCUGGUGGAGAGGGUGAACUGGGCGUACCCCUGGCAGCGCAUCGCCACGGAUGGCGUCCUGAUGGUGGGAGGCAGCCUGGAGGGAUACGAGACACCCUUUGAAGGCGCUGUGAGACAAAUGACUUUUGUAAUGGGGGAUCCAGACGCUGCCAGGGACCAAUGCACUCUUCGUCAGCCCACCUGCAACGUAGUAACCUCCAGUGCAUUCUGGAAUCCCGUGUCCGAGGGAAACUCUGCACACUCGACUGAUCCUGACCAGAGACCUGUCAUUGUCCUUGUUGAUGAACCUCACACUGUGUUAGCGGUUAGGAGCGAGGACAGAGGAGCUGAUGCCACUGAAUCCUCUCCAUUCAUCCCGUCGUCAAAUGAAAGGACCGUCGACUUCAUCUCUCCUGAUUCACAACAAAAUGUUACGUCAGCGAUCUACAAGAAUGUGACGCCAUCAGUGCAACCAAAGGGAAACUGGGAGACAAACAGACUGCAGCCUCAUUUAAAAGUCAGCGAGGUUGGUCAACAUUCAAGUACGCCGCAGUCUGGGGACGUAAUCUACGGAUCUGACCAGAGAAUCUACAGGAACCACAGAGGUGCUGCUGGCUCUGUUGGACCACAGGGAAGAAGAGGAUGUCCAGGCAGAGAAGGGUUUCUUGGAUUUAAAGGUGACAAGGGAUCUCGAGGUGUUUCAGGCAUGGAUGGACGUAGAGGAGAUCCAGGGCCUCCAGGUCCUCCGGGACUUCCCACGCUUUAUUUAUGGCGGAACUCUGAGGACGACUGGGUCGCUUUCAGGAGAUCGACCUUCUUUCACAUGCUCAGAGCUGGCUGGCCGGUGAGUGUUUCAAUUGUUCUGUCAGGGAAACUGAUAUCAGUGUUCACAGUCGCUGAGUUAUUGCUGUGA